CACGGGCGGAGGAGGCGGCGUGCGCCGUCGUGACGCGGCUGCGCGGGAGGGGCAGGUCCGAGGCAGCGACGGCGGCGGCCAGACUGAGAGGCGGCAACACGACCACGGCCCUCUGUCUCGACCACCAUGAGCACCAAACAGGUCACCUGCAGGUAUUUUAUGCAUGGUGUGUGUCGGGAAGGAAACCAAUGCCUGUUCUCACAUGACUUGGCAAACAGCAAGCCAUCCACCAUCUGCAAGUACUAUCAGAAGGGCUACUGUGCCUAUGGAACUCGCUGCAGAUAUGAUCACACAAGGCCCUCUGCUGCAGCUGGUGGUGCUGUGGGCUCCAUGCCCCACAGUGUGCCCUCCCCGGGCUUCCACAGUCCUCACCCUCCUUCCGACCUCACUGCACCUAUUGUGAAAACUAACUUACAUGAGCCUGGGAAACGUGAGAAAAGAACAUUGGUACUUAGAGACCGAAAUCUCUCUGGCAUGGGUGAAGAAAAGGCUUGCCCAAGUGUGGUGAGUAAUCCAGGAGGCAGUGAUGCCCAGAGUAGCCCAGAGAUGAAGCCGAAUUCCUACCUUGAUGCAAUAAGGAGUGGCCUUGAUUACUUAGAAGCCAGCAGCUCCUACAGCAGCGAGGAGCAGCUAUGCCCCUAUGCAGCCGCCGGGGAGUGCCGCUUUGGGGAUGCUUGUGUCUACCUGCAUGGAGAAAUGUGUGAAAUCUGUAGGCUGCAAGUCCUGCAUCCCUUCGACCCAGAGCAAAGGAAAGCUCAUGAGAAGAUCUGCAUGUCAACAUUUGAACACGAGAUGGAAAAGGCCUUCGCCUUCCAGGCAAGUCAGGACAAAAUGUGCAGUAUCUGCAUGGAAGUGAUCCUCGAGAAGGCAUCUGCCUCUGAGAGGAGAUUUGGGAUUCUCUCCAACUGCAAUCACACAUACUGCUUGUCCUGCAUCCGACAGUGGAGGUGUGCCAAGCAGUUCGAGAACCCAAUCAUUAAAUCUUGUCCAGAAUGCCGGGUGAUAUCAGAGUUUGUCAUUCCAAGUGUGUAUUGGGUAGAAGAUCAGAAUAAGAAGAACGAAUUGAUUGAAGCUUUCAAACAAGGAAUGGGUUCUUCAAUUCAGUGCGCCUCUGGGAUUUCAUCGAGAACCGAGAAAGCCAGCAUGUCCCCAACACUGAAGAUGUUGACAUGACAGAGCUUGGGGACCUCUUCAUGCACCUGUCUGGAGUGGAGUCGUCAGAACCCUGAAGAUAGAUGGUUGCCCCUGCAUCUUGGGCUCCGCCAGCAGAGCCUUUCCCAAGUAGGGUGUGCAGAGCUUCCUUUACUGCAGCCCCAGGUAGUGUGUUGCUUGGAUUUGAGUGGGGUUGUAUUUAACCUGGGCUCUCAUCCAUUCUCUAUUAUUACAGCCAUGAGAAGAGUGAAGGAUGUAAAGCUAACCUAACAAGUAUAUGGAAUCACUACUUUUAUAGCUGAUAUCUUAGUUACACCUCAAGCUCCUCGGGGGGGACCAGCUAAACAGCCAGACUGAGUUUUGAUUGAUUGCUUUUAAAACAAACUUGGCUCCUAUCCUUCAUGAGCUUUAGCUCCCUAGAAACUACAUCAACUUGCAGUUGCCCCUAAUGCAGAUUUUUCUUACCAAAGGAUUCUUCAUCCCUAAAAAUGAUUCCUUAUAGUGAAUUUCCAUAGUACUUUAGUGUGUGGUCAAAACCUGAUCUAAACAGGGCUUUUCCAGAAACAAAAAAUGGGCACUGCACGCCUUAGUGCCCCAGAUCAGAGCAGGCGUCUCACUGUUAUAUAGUCAGUAAGCAAAGUAUAAACCUUCUUCCUUGUAAUGGGGGCUCUUGAAGUAGCAGGAAGUACGAGGUGAUAGAUCAGGAGUACAGCCCCUCAUUUCUGGUUAGUAUUGUGGCCACAAUUGGAGGAAACCUUGCACAUGUGCCUCCAGGAAAACAUGUCCUUAGCUCUCCCCUGUGGGCGUGGUACACACGUGCUUUUUUAUGUGCCGCCUGCCCAAACUGUCAGUCUUACCUGUAAAAAAACUGGUCCAGACCCAUCAGUGGUCCUAAGCAUGUAUUUUUAUCAUCAGUUGUGAUUUUAAAUUGAAGGAGCAUAAUCUUGUGAAUCAGAACAAACUCACUCUAAGCCUGAAUUUACCUAUUUUUAUAAACAGUGAUAUCAAAUAUUUUGUAAAAUGUAUUAAAGUGUGGGUAGAAAAAAAAAAAGGUCUAUUCUUACCUGAGUUUAGAGUGCUUUAUGCAUAAUUUUUAUAGUUAACUCUUUAGUGAUAACACAGGCAAAGGCUGAAUUAAAUUCAUUCCUAGCAGAGGCUCUGGGCCCAUUUCGUGCUUCUUGAGUCCUGUUCCAGAAGGGAUGAACAAAUGGAGAGUUCAAGCUGUGAGCUUAACAUUACUCUAAAAGGAAGAAACAGCCAGUAAGCCUACAUUUAAUUUAUUUUAUUAAAAUAACAUAAUUGAGGAACCAUCAGAUAACUGUAUUUUGUCAGGCGCAAUAAAAACAAAAUUAAAACCCAAA